AUGUCGAAUCUUAAAACAUUAGAUGCAGUAACAGGUAAACAUGAUAACUAUGCCUGGGUUUCUAUAUUCAACGAACUUUUCGACAGUAAAUAUACAACCUUACAUCAGUUGGCUGGAUGGUUCGAUAUUGAAGACUCAGAAAUAUGGGAAAAAUAUGUCUUAGAUAUCGUACAAGAAUAUAUCAAAGAAGGUCAUUAUAUUUUUGAAGCUGGAUGUGGCUGCGGAGCAAUACUUGACCCCAUCCAAAAACACUUUAAAAAUGUCACUAUUUCAGGAGUUGAUGGGUCCGAUAUAUCACUUAUUUACGCAAAAGAAUUCAGGAUUGAAAAUUGUGGGAAGAAACAUUAA